AUGGCGUUUAACGUCUUUCUGACUGUUCGGACCAAACGGAAUGCCACGGAACUGAGAAAGAUCGAUCUUGCUGCGGUUCUGUUAGCAUUCAUCUUACCUUUCAUCCAAGCUUUCACCUACCUGUUCUGGAGGCCUAACGGCAAGACUGUCUACGGCCCCGCGACACUUUGGUGUUGGAUUGCGAAGGAGUCGGCGAUCAUCCGGCUCGUGGCUUUUUUCGUACCGAUAUGGUGCUUCGUUUCUAUCGCCAUCUUCUUCCUCGCUCUUAGCGGCAAGCAGAUCCUUCGUGUUCGUAAGAGCGUCAAGUCCGCCAAAGCCGAAUCCGCCCUACACAGGGAGGAGCCCGCCCCACGGCCCGACGGUGAUUCUCUGCCACGAGAGCGCCGUUUCUCAAGGCUCGUGCGAGCUUUUACUGGGCCCACUGUCAGUUUAGAACCAGUACAAUCAGUAGCGACAACCGCGAACGGCGAGCAGAGCUCUCAGCUGCCCCCCGUUCAAUUCAAGGGGCUCGGCCCCUUCUCAACACCCGCACUGAUACAACCGUGCGAGGUGCUGGACUUCCAGCGGCAACUAGAAGAAGGUCUCUACCCACAAGAAUCACUAUAUCAAACCUCAACUUCCUCGACACCGUUCGGCACUUGGCACCCCACCUCCCCCACUGGUGCUCUGGACCGCACAUUUUCCGAUCAGCCGAUACUGCAGAACAACGGACAGACUUCCUCGCGAAGGCCGUCCUCCCGCUUCGACAGGAUCCACUGGAAAUACGCAAAAUUUGCUCUUCUGUGCACGCUUGUUUUGUUUGUGACCUGGGUACGUUCCAUCUAUCCCAAAUCUCCCUUUGCCUUGAAGCCGAUGCUACUCGGAAUCUCGUUUUCCUACCUGGAGAAGCCGACGACACUCACCGAGUCGUGGAUUUGGACACUAAUACGAACAACGAUCACAGGUCCCUAUCAGCGUUAA